AUCAGCAAGGCACAGGCCAGAUUGUAAACAGGAAAAAUGGAUGAUUCUAGCAGAAAGCGUGUUACUUUUACACCAGAAGAAUGGGACGCAGUAGCCCGGUAUUUUGUGGGAAAUGGCCCAAGGCAAAGGGAAAACAUAAUUAUUCCACGAACAGCAGGACCAGUAAAAAUAAAAACAGAUGAAGAAAAAAUGGUGGAAGCCUUUUUCGAAAGUUGUGUCUUUAAGUCAGCUUUAAGCACGGUCCUAGGAUAUGGCAUUGGUGCAGCAUUUGGCUUAUUCACUGCAGGUGUUAAUCCUCCAGUAACUCUUCCUGAUGCUCCAACACAAACUGCUAGGGAAGUUUUCCGAGACAUGAAAUCCACUACUUUAAGUUAUGCCAAAAAUUUUGCAAUGGUUGGAGGUGUUUUUGCUGCAGUUGAGUGUGUUAUUGAAUCGGCACGCGGAACAACCGAUUGGAAAAAUGGUACCUAUGCUGGAGGGGUAACAGGAGGAUUAAUUGGUAUUAGAGCUGGGCUGAAAGCUGGUCUCUUUGGUGCUGCAGGAUUCGCUGCCUUUUCAACAGUUAUAGAUUAUUACAUGCGUCACUGACGUACCUGAACCGCGCUUCUUUUCUAUAAGAUUUAAUUAAUUGUAGGUAGUUUAAAGAGAAUUUAUGAUCCCUUCCUUUGAAAGUUGUUAGAAGAUACUGAGUGUGGCUAUCUUUCUAUUGAUCAGGCUUCAAGGCAAGAUCUGAGUCACUCAUGACUCAAGGAGGGGAGUUGCUCUAAUCCAAUAUGUAUUUAAGUUAUAGGAAUAAAGGUGAAGAUAAAGCAAAAA